AGAGAGAGAGAGAGAGAGAGAGAGAGAGAGAGAGAGAGAGAGAGAGAGAGAGAGAUGUAUGUGUAAUGGAGGUGAAUAGACAAUACCCACAAGAAAGAUUAGGAUGAGAAUUGAGGUUGGAGCUUACAGAUAAUGGGUUCAAGUCCUUAUAGACUUAUAUCGUGAACAUGAGACGGAUUUCCCAUCAAAAGAAAAAAAUGAAGUGAACAGUCCAAAAAAACCAUGGAUGGCGGGAGCCAAAUUCUAGGACUUUGAGAUAGGUAUGUAGCUCAACGUUUUCCGAUGUCUCUCUCUCUCUCUCUACCUCGAUGGCUUCGCUGGAUACUCUGCCGCUCUAUAUAAUCCUCUGUCUCUACCAUUCUCUUCUCUUUUCACCCUUCCUUUCAUGGCCUCUCGUUUCUGUCUGCAACUCUCCAAGUUCUACUUCAUAGAAUCUGUUGGUGACCUAAUAAAGCAUAGAGCUUAUACUCAACCAUCAAAGUUUAAUUUAAGAGAGGAUGAGCAGUAUGGCUUGGCACGAAAUGGAAUUACCCAUGGAUUUCUGUUCACCUGUUACACUUUCUCAUCCCAAAGUUCUUCAUCAAGAUGGCUUCCUCCUGGAGCUCUAUCUUCCACAGACUCCUCUGCUGAGUCUGAUCAAGUUAUUACUGAAGAUAAGCCUCUUGUUCCUACGACGCAUGAAUUGGCGAGAAGUGGCCCAGAGCUUGCGAUGGCAUGGAAUGGGGUGGAUGUGCAUGCGUGGCACAAGCACUUAGCAUAUCGGGUAGCAGUUUAUGCUUUGUUGAAAGCUGUAAUUGAAGUGGAAUUAUUUCUUUCUCAUAAGCGAAGCAACAAUCCUUCUCUAGUUCAUGAGAUCUUGUCCCCAAAGGCAAACUCUCUCGGAGAGUGCAUAGAAAGUCAGUUGAACUUGAGGAACCCAAAAUUAGUACAAUGGUUUAGGACGGUGGAACUGCCACGCAUAGCAGGAUUAUUCAUUCCAUUAUUCAAAAAGUGGUCUGUGGAAUAUGCUGGAAGUGGUGUUGCAGGAAUCAUUCUGGCUAUAAGUUGCUGUGCUGCCGUGAGAAUGUUGGGUUCGGGCCGUACUUCAUGUCCCUUAUUCACAGUGCCGACUGAUGAUUUGUUAGUAGAGCUCUUGAACUUUUCACACAGUCUCGUUUCAGUGGAUAAGUUGCAUCAACUAGCAAGUGAGGCAGGAUUUGAAGAGGACUUCCUUUCACAUUUCGGUACAAGGAUUCUGCCUAAUGAGAACAUCGAAGAUGUGGAAUUUUGGAUUGGGUUGGUUCAGAGAAAACUUUCUAAGGCAUUCCACAGAGAGAGUGUAAUUUCAGACAAGCACACUUUUAGUGACAAGGUUGACGAAAAAAGUUUGGCCACUCUAGGACUUUUUGCAUUUCUGGGAAGAGAGACAAGACUAUUCUUGUCAGGAAUGGGUAUAAAAGAUCUUGAUGAGCAGGUUAAGGACCUUCUCAGUUACCUGGAAUGUGGUAGCCUUUUCAUUUAUCCUAAAUUUUCUUCCGUAUCAGAGUAUCAGCUCUUCAUGGAGGUAGUAACUGAUGAAAUUGGAUGGCUUGACUUUUAUGCUGCAUUUACUUGCAAGUUCUUUCAAGAGAAAAGAAGGUCCAAACAACACGCUAUCCAAGCAGAGACAGAGAUUAUCCUCUGUACUGUUUUUACUGUUUGUUAUGAUGUUAUUUCUGGGUUUGCUCACUAUAGCAAUUCAACUCAACAGCCCUUAGAUUCAAAUUUGCUGGCAUUCUUGCUUCGGAGUCAGAGCCUGCUAUCUAUAUGUCUGGAGGACUAUUGGGCUGCUUAUGAUAGAUCCGGUGAACUGCUGAGAAUCACGGAAAGAGGCAUCUCUGACCCAGCAGCAUAUUUUUUAACCAAAGGAACGACGAAUUCAUCUGUAAUAUUGGAAGCACAGCAAUUGCCGAUUGAUUUAUUGAAAAGGGGAAAGCAUCGAAGUGGAUCUAGAUGGAGCAAGACUACUAGCUCAGCUGGAGUGGACCAGAGGACCCGAGCAGCUACUAAAUCAAAGGCCCUGCAUAAGAGUUUACUGCAGGAAUCUACCGUCAAGCUGAUAUCUACAAGUGCUGAUAUGUGGAUGGGUACUCAAUUGCUCUUCAUCGAUAUUUUGAAUGCCCUGAAGCAUCUUGUGAAGAAAUUGCGUGGGUGCAAGCUCACAAAGAGGGAGAGGAAGAAAGUAGAAAGAACACUAGUUGACAUCGCUGCUCUUAUCCCAGUUACUGUGCUAAUGCUGCUACCUGUAUCUGCUGUAGGCCAUGCAGCCAUGUUUGCUGCAAUCAAGAAGUACAUGCCAGCUAUGAUUCCUUCUCCGUAUUGUUCUGAACGACUCAAUCUAUUGAAACAACUGAAAAGAGCAAAGAAGAUGGAAGUUCAAUCAUGGAACAACAUCGAAGAUGCUUCCUCUACAGUUGUUUGAGUAAUUUUCUGGCGCAAAUCAUUUGGUAUAAUUAGAACCAAGAAGCCAUUGCACUCUCUUUGCAGUGAACCAGAGUUUGGCAUUAGGUUGUAUAUAGGUGGCUGCAAGUCUGCAAGUUGUAUUUAAACUCCUAUGUCAUCUGUUAUUCCUGAAUGCGUACUCUUGAGAUUCACAUGGCAAUACCAAGUAGGCUAGUGGCGAAGGGUUUGAUUUGUAAAUAAAUAAUCGUGAUUAUGCUAUAUCUUGUUGUUAAGAAUGAGAAUCUGUUGGUG